AUGAAACUUUUGUAUUAGUAUAUAGUUGUUGGAGAACAAACAUCUAAAAUAACAUAAACACUAGUUUCAGAGCAUCAAUCUUCUACUCUGACUCUCUUCUUCUCCCGAAUCCUCAAAAAUGUCUAGAAAGUUCUUCGUCGGCGGCAACUGGAAAUGCAAUGGAACCACUGAGGAAGUGAAGAAACUUGUGACCAUGUUGAAUGAAGCCGAAGUUCCCUCAGAAGAGGAAGUGGAGGUGGUUGUCAGCUCUCCAUUUGUAUUUCUUACUCUGGUGAAAAAUUUAUUGAGGCCUGAUUUCCAUGUGGCUGCACAAAACUGUUGGGUGCGAAAAGGUGGUGCCUUCACGGGUGAAAUCAGUGCAGACAUGCUUGUCAAUUUGGGUAUUAACUGGGUUAUCCUGGGUCAUUCAGAGAGAAGAGCCUUGUUAAAUGAGACAAACGAUUUUGUUGCAGACAAGGUAUCACAUGCGCUCACCCAGGGCCUGAAAGUGAUAGCUUGUGUAGGUGAGACUCUGGAGCAGCGUGAAGUAGGAACUACCAUAGAGGUGGUUGCUGCUCAGACAAAAGCUAUUGCUGACCGCAUAAUGAAUUGGGACAAUGUAGUUGUGGCUUAUGAACCAGUCUGGGCCAUUGGAACUGGAAAAGUUGCAACUCCUGCUCAGGCUCAGGAGGUUCAUUUGGAACUGAGGAAGUGGCUCAAGGAGAAUGUCAGCGCCCAAGUUGCUGAAACAACCAGAAUUAUUUAUGGAGGCUCAGUAAAUGCAGGUAACUGCAAAGAGUUGGCAGGACAGCCUGAUGUUGAUGGAUUUUUGGUCGGCGGAGCUUCCCUUAAGCCGGAGUUCGUAGACAUAAUCAAGUCUGCUACAGUGAAAAAUGGUGCUUAAUAUUGAUCCAGUCUAAUUUCGGAAACCACUUCUAGAUAUUUUUGCUUUUAGGUGUUCUUUUGCCUCUUUUACAAGACUUACAUGAAGAGAAUGUCAAAACUCGAAAACAACUAACAGAUAAAAUGCCUCAAGUUGUGCUUCUUUUUCGGUCAAUAUGAAUGUAUAAGCGUACCUUAAGUUAUUUUCUUCGCCGUUUGUUCAUAUUGUAUGAAACUACGGUGUGUGUUUUUAUUCAUAUUGUGUGAAAUUA